AGGCACGUCGUGAGAGUCGACACGCUUUGCUUUCGGCGGUAGAUGUCAGUAACGUUUCCUUCAUUCGAAGGAAGAAUAACAAUGGAGGCGUGUAGGUAUACCAGCGACCGUUUCUCGGAAAUAUCACGGACAAACACCCCUGGUAUAAUUAAGUGUACUUAUAAAUGCACAAUAUAUAGAUGUUCCAGCUGUGUCUUGAGGCUGAGAUGAAAGGUUACGAGGUCGAUAUUACGUCGCUACGAUGCCUACAGGACCGUUUCGCCUAUUGGUCAUGGACAUUUACGGAAAUGUAAGCCUUUUAUUAACGUGAUCCCGGCCGGUUGUUAAAGUACGAAUACGGCUAUUUGAGCUUCUUCCGUAUUUGCGCCGCUCGCGAUGCCUACACAUUUAUCGCCAUCAUCACUCCUCAUUUGCAUACUGUCUACUUUCGCUUCCUCGUACGCGAGUUGAUCAACUUGAUCACUUUCUGUCACGGCCAUGACCAACAGCGUCGAGGAUCAGACGCCCGUUUCGCGAACGGACGUGUUCGCGAAGUAUUUGCGGUACUACGACAAAGUUAGCAGCGAAGGCAGUCUGACGGUGUGCUCGGGGACGCAGGUGACGGAUGAAGCCCGGCGCGUGCUGCUGCUGCUGUCGGAGGAAGAGUCGCGGAAGAGACUCGACGCGCUGGACUUCUAUGAGACUCUCUACAAGUGCGCGCGGUACAGAGACUGCCACAGACGCGUCCGAGACUUUAAAAAAGCCGCCGAGCUGCUGGAGAUGUUCUGCGUCAACCUCUUUUUGUUUCCGUGGAAGAAAGAGAUUAAAACCUUAAAGACAUUUACAGGACACUUUGUCUAUUACAUCAAGCCAGUAUUGCCUUUUGCCAGAAGUAUUCUUCAAAUUAUUGGAUACUGCAUGGAAACAGACACUGAGUAUAGACUGUCAGACAGUUUUGAUCCUGACAAGGCCAAGAGUAUGGGAUUUGACCUUUUCCUUGUCCGAUUAGAGUGCGAGUAUCUUCUGGAGCUCAUGAACCAGAGAUCACAUGUGGAAUGUUUGGAGAUCAUCCAAAUGAGAGCUGCUCCUCUGUCCUUCAAUGGUGGAAAAGUAGUUUCAGAACCUACCAAUGACAUAUGUGAUGAAAACGAGGAUGUUUUUAAGGUUGAUGGGCACAUUGAAGGUGGCUCUCUGGUAAACCCAGAGGAAGAGGAGCGACAAGAGUCACUUAAAAGUCAUAACCCUCAUGAUCAUGAAGUCGACAAGUCUCAAGAUGCUUCUAUCUCUGAUGUCGAAAGACCUUCCAACUCACUUAUAAUUGACGAUAAGUCUAUUUUAGAGAUGCGGGAAAACUACCCAGACCUUGCCAUCCGGCAAAAGCCCAUUUUCCGAAAGUCUCAAAGAUCUAUGCAGCCACUCAAAGCCCAGGAGUGGGCUGGAUCCAUGGGCCACAAUGCGGGCCUGUUCCACGAGGCCAGUGCUGACAUGAGUGGCCCCCAGUCUAUAGCCAUACACACUGAGACCAUGCCAGGCCAAAGAAAACUACACAUCGCAAAUGCACUUGUAGAAGCCCAGCCCUCAGAUGACAAACCAUUGGUUCUUCAAGUUGGGAAGCUGCUGCAAGGACGCAGCCGUGAAGGCUCAACAGAAGACUGUCUGGCUGAGCUCACUGAGCAAAUGGGGAAAAUGCCCAUGAAGGAACUCAGUUCAGAUGAACCUCUUAAGUACCCUAUAGAGGAGACCACGCAGGUCCAGCCAUGCAGUGGACCCAGCGCCGUCAUCACAGCUCCACCCACAAGAUCCCCAGAUGGCAUGAGCCUGCCCAUCCUGUGCAGCCCAUCCCGGGAGCCAGUCUGCAACAUCACAGGUUGUGGGAGCUGUGCUGGGUCUGAUGGUGUUCUUGCACAGGACAACCUCGUUAGAGAGCCCCCUCAUUCAACCUACAUCCACAGUGCACUGAGUGCGUGUACGCCAGUGUUAGGACCACCAACUGACCACAGUCAGACUGCUAACGAGGGCUUAAACGGACGCAAGAGUCCCACACCUCAGCAACCAGAAGAUGACCUAGUCCGAACAUAUGUGCUGAUAUAGAAUCACAAAGUAUUCCAGUUUCUUCUCUAUCCAUGGCAGAGAUUUUAGAGUGUUCUCAAGUGUGCAGGUUAACCAAAAAUGUCUUUGUGCUACUCAUUUUCAUUGAGAGAUUCUUGAAGCCCCGAUUUCGGAUUAGCUUUGGUAUCUUUAUGAAGGUGACGGGACGAAUGUUUGUGCCCUUUUCUCUUUUGAACUUCUAACAUAGCUUUUUGAAGUGAAGGAAGGUUUCUUGCUGCUAUAAUUUUAAUAAAUUUGCUUAGAUCAAGAGGAUCAUUAGAGCUUGAUUUUAUAGUUACUGUGCCUUAUGCAACGUAGAGAUGGAUAAAUGUGCACUUACUUGUCAUAAUGGAACAUUUGUUCUGCCUGGAUGUCUUAAUGGGGUAAUGUAAGUGUUACAAAAUGGUGUCUGAGGCUUCAUUUAUAAAACGUGCGUAUGCAUAUUUGAUCUUAGAGCUCAAAUUUACGCCAACGCCAAGAUUUAUAGAAAUGGCCUUUGAGGUCUAAAAAGUGCUUAGCGCCACGCCAGGUUCUAAGCAGGUGUGAACACGUGAUAUCUUACAGCACACUCAUCCAUGUAUUUGAAAAUCAAAAAAUUAAUGACACUUGCCAAUCAAGGAUUUGGACUAAAUUGAAGAUAGAGAGGUGUGCACAUUAAUAUCUGUGAAUCACACGUAUGCAUAUUGUAGUAAUAAUCUAAUAUCAAAUGUAGGUUUAUACGCAACAUUUAAUAAAUGAGGCACCUGGGGCAUCUAUAUUAUACUACCUGUUAUUUAAAAUAAUAAAGGUGCAAACAGUUUUUGUACUGAUCGUGCCAUACUACUGAGGUUACAGUGCAACACAUCAUAGAAUUACGUGGCUGUAAAUUACAAUGUAAUAAAAAAAUAAAAAAAAAUCACUAUUUUCA